UUUCUCAUAAAUUGUGGUUUGCGCUUGGAUCACAAACCUUUUGAAAACGGCUAUAAACUUGCAAGACGAAAACUUUUGAUCAAGAAGUUGAGUGACCUUCCUACCUUUUAUACUUGGCUUAGCAGUCGUAUUCUAACUUUUUGUAUAUAAUGCUGGUCAAAGUUACCAUAAUUCUGUAUCAGUAUGAAAUUAUCUCACGUGAUUUUAUAAUAUAUUUAUAAUACACCCGGAGGAUCGAUCGAAGAAUUUUUCAUUCUUUCUUUAACAAAAAUGACGCAACUUCCAUCUCAAAUUACCCCUAUUUAUGCAAAUAAUUUAACAGAAAAACAACUUGUAAUAAAUCAAGAACUUCCAAUAUUAUUGAAUAAAAGUAAAGAAGAAUUAGAAGAUCUAUUAAAUAGUGAUGUGAUAUUUGAUACAUUUAUGGAGAAUGUGGAACAAGUUCGAAAUAUGAAAAAUUUACAAGAUGAGAUGAGAAUGGGAAAUGAGAAUCUGGCAAGAAAAAUAUUAUCUCAAGAAGAAGAAUUAAUCAAAUUACGUAAUAGUGUUGAUGGACAAGAAAAAGGUUUGAAAGAAAUUUAUUCAAAUUUUGAAGAAAAACUUAAAGUUCAACAGGAAGUUUUAAAGAGAUUUUCACCAUCAAUUCUUAUAACAAAAUUAAAAUCUGAAACUCAACAGUCAGAUGACUUGAGUGAGCAAAUGGCAAAAUCAUUUUUAGAUGGAGAAUUAGAAGUUGAUGAUUUUUUAAAACAUUUUAGAGAAGUGAGAAAAGUGUAUCAUUUAAGAAAUGCAAAAGUGGAAAGAGUCAGCAAACAACCCGGAAUUUUAGGUUCAAUUUAGAUUAAUUUUAUUUAAUUAUGUCUAUUAAUCAUAUUAUAUUAUUCAAUCAAUAACUUGUAUUAAAUGGUAAUUACUUUUACCUGUUCUUAUCACACAAACAACCCCAUCUAAUAAAUCAUCUUCAAUUACUUUAUGAUGAGGUUCAAUUACUCUUUGAUUAUUUAAAUAAAGUCCUCCUACUUUUAUCAAUUU